AUGUCUAGCACAAGACCAGACCUAAAAUUUUCCGAUGCCGUGGACGAACGGCUGUUCUACCGCAAAUUUACACAAUUACCCGCGAAAGAACUGGCCCAGGUGGUCCGUCUCGUGGACCAUAAGGAGUAUUUCUCCGCGUUUGGCGAAGACGCCGAAAUGAUUGCUGAAUCCAUCUACAAGACCCAACUGGUGCUCAAAAAAGCAUCUGGAACGGUCUACGUGACCAUAUCGCCCCAGGUUUUCGCAUCAGUGGUGCGCCACUGCUUGGUGGAGAAUAGUUACAAAGUGGAGGUGUACAAUAAGCCAUUACAACUCUUGGUGACGGCAACGCCAGGAAAUUUGGAGGGCUUGGCCGAGGAGUACGGCGUGGACUUGGAGGCGAUGCUCAGAGACGGGCUGACGCCAAUGGUGGCUGCCGUGAAGUUUUCUGCGUCGGGCCUGGCGAAAAAAGUCGGCGUGUGUCUUGUGGAUUUGCUGAACAAGGCGUUGUAUGUGAGCGAGUUUGACGACAACGACUUGUUUUCCAACUUGGAGCUGUUGCUAUUGCAGGUCAAUGUCAAGGAGGUCGUUUUGCCUUCUACGUAUAACCCAGACCCAACCGACGCCUCUUCUGGCGACGUGAUUAAACUUUUCCAGGUUCUCAACAAAAUCGGCUCCAUAGUUGUUGGCUCAGUGAAACUGUCCUUGUUUUCUGCUGCCAACCUCGACCAAGAUCUUGGCAAGAUUAUUACGGCCCAAAAUAUCGAUACAGAGGCUGCCAACAAUAUUGAGCUUAUCUUGGCGUCCAAGGGAAUCGAUUCGGCAGAACACUCCUUGUCGUUUGCCUGUUGCAAUGCUCUCGUCCAGUACCUUGGCCUUUUGAGCGACGACGAUUCUCCUUCAUUUUCUAUCGACAAGUACAAUCUUGCCUCUUUCAUGAAAUUAGACUCACUGACAUUGAGAGCGCUCAACAUUUUCCCUCAGCAACAAGCAGGCGGUCUCAGUAAUUCCAGCGCAGUUUCUUCAAUUUUCGAUCUAUUGAAUAAGUGCAAGACUGCAGCAGGCACACGUUUGCUCUCCCAGUGGCUCAAACAACCUUUAACAGAUGCCGAGGCUAUCGAAAACAGGCAUUCGUUAGUGGGCCACAUGAUCAACGACACAAACUUGCGCGUUUUCGUUUCUCAAGAAUGGCUUCCACAAGUUCCCGAUGUCAAAAGAUUGCUCAAGAAAAUGGCAACGGGAUUAAAGAAACCAGCAGCGUCCGAAAACAAAAAGUUGGAAGAAGUUGUCAGAUUAUACCAGCUUAUUACAUCUUUGCCCAACCUACUCAAUAUGCUUCAAAUGUCAAUUGAUGACUGUACUGACGAAUCUGUUAAAAAGUUGUGCAAAGAACUGUGGUUAGAGCCUAUCUCCAAAAACCACCAGGCUUUACUCAAGUUUCAGGAAUUGGUGGAAACAACCAUAGAUUUGUCUCCUUUGGAUUCACUGUCGGCGCACGAUCUUCUCAAUGCUGAGUUCAAUAUCAAACCCGAAUUCGACGAGUCUCUUAUCGCAAUUAACGAUAAUUUGCAAGCUACAUCGAAGAAAAUCAAGCAAACACAUGAAGAAGUAGGCGAGGAUUUGAACAUUGACACAGAAAAGAAGUUGAAGUUGGAAAAACACCAACAACACGGUUGGUGCUUCCGUGUCACCAGAAUUGAUUCGGCUAUCUUGAGAAACACUGGUGAUAAAUACAUCGAGUUACAAACAGUCAAAGCCGGAGUUUUCUUCACCACAAAGAGAUUGCGAACCUUGUCGCAACAAUAUCUUGACUACUUUGCUGAAUACAACGCCAAGCAGAGAGAAUUGAUCAAGGAAAUCUUGUCCAUUACUUUGACGUAUCAAACAGUGUUUUUACGUUUAUCUUUGGUCUUGAGUAACAUUGAUGUGCUUUCUGCUUUUGCAAACGUGGCUAUUUUUGCGCCUACAUCAUUUGUUAAGCCGAAAUUGCAUGGGCUUGCUUCGAGUGUAGACUCUCCAGAAUUCGCUCAAAGACGUGUUAAACUUUCUGACGCCAGACAUCCAGUUCUCGAAGUACAAGACGACGUCAAUUUCAUUGCAAAUGAUGUUGAACUUGCUAACACAGGCGGAAGUUCCUUUGCAAUCAUCACGGGUCCAAAUAUGGGUGGUAAGUCUACUUACAUUAGACAGGUGGGUGUUAUUGCGUUGAUGAGCCAGGUCGGUUCCUACAUUCCAGCGCUGGACGAAAAUGUUCCCGAGUUGCCUAUAUUUGAUGCUAUUUUGUCCCGUGUUGGAGCUGGUGAUUCUCAGUUGAAAGGGCUUUCCACAUUCAUGAUCGAAAUGUUGGAAACAUCUUCAAUCUUGGCCACCGCAACUAUCAACUCGUUGAUUAUCAUUGAUGAAUUGGGUAGAGGAACAAGUACAUACGAUGGUUUUGGUUUGGCGUGGGCCAUUAGUGAGCAUUUAAUUACACAGAAGCAGUGUUUUACUCUCUUUGCUACCCACUUCCAUGAACUCACCAAAUUGUCAGAAAAGCACGAGGGCAAAGUGCAAAAUCUACAUGUUGUGGCCCACAUAGAGAAGAAUGAUAGCGAAGCAGAAAAGGAAGACGAUAUCACUUUGAUGUAUCGUGUGGAGCCUGGUAUCUCGGAUAAGUCAUUUGGAAUCCACGUUGCAGAAUUGGUAAAAUUUCCAACCAAGAUUGUCAAUAUGGCCAAGAGGAAAGCUUCUGAGCUUCAACACAUUAAUGUUGGCGGAGAUACUGAUCCGUAUGUCAAUAGCAAACGGACCAAGUGUACUAAUGAAGAAAUUAGUGUUGGUGUGGAGAAAUUGAAGGAUCUCUUGGUAGCGUGGAGGAAAGAAUGUAUCGAUCCAGAAACCCAAGGAUGCAAAGUGACAUCAGCCGAAGCAAUUGCUUCGCUUCAAAAGAUUGUCAACUCGGGAGAGGAAAAGAACGACAAGUUCGUUCAAGAAGUGCUCGAGAUGCUUUGA